GUCGACCUGGCCGACGUAUGCUCCAACAACCAUGCGGUAAUUUUCUUGACGUGCAUUUUUAAAUAUGCAGUAUUAACCGGCUGUAUUUUUGCAGGCUAUGCUGCGCGUAGAGGGGCUCAAACGAGCUUAUACCCGCAAGUCUGAGGAGGCGGAGAAGACCAAAGCCCUCCAACAGCAGAUUGAUCAGCUGAAAAACCAAGUUGACCAACUGCAGGCGUCCCUGGAUGAUGCCAAUAAAAAGUUGGAGGAACAGACAGAGCCCCUCCAACGGCUGAGCAAGGCGGAGACUGAAAAUGGCCGCCUUGCCAAAGAGAAUGAGCGCCUGCGCAAAGAGGCGGCUGCUGCCAAUGAGAACUUCAAGGCCACCUUGGAGUCGGAGCAGGAGAGGCUCAUUGAAGAGAAUGAGCAUGACUGUGCAAACCGGAUGCAACGGGCGUUUUCCCUCAUCCACCCGGAGGCGGACUUCACCGUCUGGGAACUCGCCUUCAAAUAUUCUGAUCUUGCCAUUCUGGCCGAGGAGGCGAAUGAGCCGGGGCCCGGACCCUAUGACGCUUGGAUUAGGGAGGAGAUUGCGCGACGGCAGGCGGAGGCUGCUGAAGAGGAAGAAGUCGUUCCUGAAGCCGACGCAGCCGCUCACCCUGAUCCAACCCAGAACCAACCGGAAUAGGACCGGCUCACUGUUCGCCUGGAGUAGCAACUACUUCCCGGCCUGCGUGCCUAGCAUUAUCUUGUAAUAGCGCCGGAUGAGAUGGGCUAAGCUGUAAUAAUUUUUAUUUUGAAUAUAAACAUUU